AUGCAGUCUCGGCCCGCGGGCCUCGGGAUCGCGUCGAACCUUGAGAGCUCGGCGGCGGGGGACAAUGACUUCAUAGGUUUUACUUUGGUGGGCUCCUCGGGCGAGUGGCGUCCUAAAUCUAGCCAGUUCAGGAGGCUGAAGUUAGCGUCGGACUAUCUCCUGGAGGUUCGUCCGAGUAUCACUGGACAGGAGCUCGAGCGUUUUGUGGGCCACGUCACUGCUCUGUUCUCGCUUUCCCCGGAGCUCUUGUGCCUCAUGGAAAAGCAUCAGGAGGAGCUGGAGAUCUCUGGGGCUUCGGAGGCCACCAUCCUGGGCCUGGGUCGGGCCCGGGCUUUUGCCGAGGUUCCGGCUAGCCUGGUCGAGCGCGGCUGGGCGGUGGCCUAUGCCGGCCGCUGGAGGGGUGUCCCGGGGCCCCAGGUCCACCUCGAGGCUCGGGCCCGGACCUGGACGGUACGUCACGUUGCUCGUGAUUGCAGCCUUCACAACUCGCGGGUGCUUCUCUUGGGUGACAAUAUGUCGGUGAUCCUGGCGCGUGCCAAGGGCAGGUCGUCUACGCCGGCCAUGAACUUUCAGUGCCGGCUCUCCUCGGCCAUCGCCCUCGCCGUCGGGCUCAAGCCUUACGAUCGGUGGGCCCCAUCGGAGCUCAACGCCCUGGACGCGGCGAGCCGUGUUCACCAGCCUCGGCACGGGGGCAGAGCGAAGGUGGCAGUCCACGCCCGAUACCGGCUGCCUGCCAUCGGCGCGGUUGCAGCCUGCGGCCCCGCCCGCGCGGGCUCCAAGGGCCGCGCCGCAGAGGCGAACGGCAGCGGCUACUCGAAUGGCAUCGCCAUGCGCCCUGGCGACCCAGACACGUGGUCCGUCGACAGCGACGACCUCCCUGGGCCGCCUAGAUGUCCCCACGGUAUUGGACUACCUGUCUUGUGA